AUGGCGCUCGCCUCCUUCCUCCGGCGAUGCGUUCAGCUCCUCCUCUCGCCCAUCCACGUACUUGCCUGCCUGGGCUUAUGGGACUCCUUCUACAAGAAGGUCUUUCCGUACGUCAUGGCCAAGGUGGCGCCCAUCUGCAACCAGAAGGUCUACAAGCAGAAACAAAAGCUGUUCAGCAACUUGAGAAAAUUUGCAGGCCCUUCGGGCCAGCUCAUGUUGCUGGAAAUCGGCACGGGCACUGGCACCAAUUUCCAGUUCUACCCCCCGGGCUGCCGGCUGACGUGCGCCGACCCUAAUCCCGAUUUCAGAAAGUUCCUCCUCAAGAGCCUCUCGGAGAACCAGCACCUUAAGCUUGAACAUCUGGUGGUUGCUUCUGGCGAGGAUCUGCAUCAAAUACCGGACAGCGCCGUGGACGUGGUGGUGUGCACCUUGGUGCUGUGCUCUGUGACCAACAUCAAGAAAGUCCUGACGGAGGUUUUGCGAGUGCUCAGGCUGGUAAGCUGGGGCAGCGCGAGGGAGAUCAGGGGUGCCCAUUUGUGUCGUGGUGAGCUGAGGCUGUGUAACUGGCCAGAGCCUCCAUGUGUAAAUGAGACCGCAGCCCUGCAUGUGGCUGAAAACCUCAUUAAUUCCUCCAGGCAAUCUUGUACGCUCUUGCAAAGCAGAACUAGGGAAGAGGGAGUAAGAUCGUACCCACCACGCUCCGCUGGGAGGAGGAAGGAAGGAUCAGCUCUGAACCCUUGACUUCUCUGUUUGGCUCCACUGAACAAGUUCUACAGGAAAGGGUGGAGCUUUCUACUUCUUGGAGCAUGUGGCUGCAGAUCAUUCCAGUUGGACCUACUUUUGGCAAAAGGUCUGUGACCCCGUCUGGA